AUGCGAGGAUUAUGGACCCAAGCUUCUCGACCUAGACUGACGGCCACCUCGCAUCAUGUCUCAUGCGUCGACUCUUUCAGUUCUACCCUCGUCCGCAAUACUACCACCAGACCUCCGCGGCGCCGACCGAGCUUCGCCGAGCACGUAUUCACCCUCCUGCUGACUCCCGUCCUCGCCGCUGCUCUAUUUGUCGACACGAGCUGGAAGGCAAAACAAAGAAGAGACUGGGAUGACAAGCUUGCUGCAAUCAACCAUGAGAUAGCUCAAUUGAGAGAGCAGGAGCAAAGGCUUCGGAGCUCUCUCCGGCUCCGCGACAUCCACCAUGGACUGUAUCAACAACGGAGAGGUUAUGCCACGGCAGCGUAUGCACAGGUGGAGGUGGAGGACGAACAAGACCUGGGGGAAAUCGAGAUGCCAACAUGGGAGGAAGGGAUUUCGGUCGAGGACGAGGCUCCUGCGGUAGAGAAUCCACGAGUACGUGAGGUGCUCUCUGCCAAAGAAUUCUCGCCCGAGCAGUUGUCCAAUCUUCACCGCUAUCAUCGCCUGAAUGCAAUCACUCUGGCUCUCAGGAUGCUCCUACAUCUCCGCAUUGGUCCCAACUCCUUCUACUCGAUCACUCCCGAGGACGACCCCGUCGACAUUGUAGCCCUCGAUAGCCUCGAUCCUUCCAACAGCGUUAGUCUACCUACAGAUACGGAUCGCUUGGUCCAGAUGUUGGCUUUGACCCGCAAGCAGAUGCGUCCCCUGCGGAAACUCGACGACCUUUUCUACGCAGCCCCUCGAAUACAGGCGCAGGCAAACCGAGGCGCUCUUCAGCGGACAAUCCAAGAUUUAACAGCAGAGUUCGAAGCUGGAAAUGUCUCGCUUCCGGGGUUAGUUGACGGGUACGGAAAAGCCAUUCUUCGGAGCGAAGAAGUGCCUUCCAUAUCUGUCUAUGUCAUGCUCAUCCGGUCGCUGUCUAAGGUUGGGAGCUAUAGCCUCGCCUACCACGCCGCUGCUGCUAUGAAGAAUAGCACGCUGCCACUUUCGGACCCUGCCAUCUUCUAUAUGCUCUUGCAAAUUGGGAGGGCCUGCGACUCCCGAUCCCUGAAUAACUUGCUGCACUAUAUCGCAAACUCUGAUAACCCGCUGAAUCUUAUCCACAAAUGGGAGAAAGCACGUGUCCACGGACUGGACUUGCCCGUGCCCGCCACCUUGAACCCAAGACUCCUGAUGGCUCUGGUCUAUGUUGCUCUGAGAUGUGAACAGCCUGACCGAGCGGAGGCAUGGCUAAGCCUGCUCCGGGAGGCCGACUACGGGAGCGCGUGGAAAGACGAUUUGUUCAGGAGCUUCCUCGCUUACCACUCGCAGCAUGGUAACUGGGAAGAGGGCAAAAAAUGGAUACAACGGUCUGUCAACCACGCAUUAUCAAUUGCGAAUCAGUCCAUUGAUCGCCUGGCCCGUGUGAUAUACCGCAUGCUGGACUUGUGUGUGCGUUGCCGCAAACUCGCCGAAUAUACAGCCAUUCUCGAUGCAGCCGUGGAAUCCGGGAUUGGCCCUCCGCCUGUGCACAAGUCACAGAACGACUAUAGGAAGUUUCAUCCUAGGACACGCAGUAUCCUCCUCGAGUGGGAAGCGUUGCCUCUUCCAGACAAUACCGAAGCAUGCCCUGUCAUAGACAAAGCCAAAUCUUUUCAGUAUGCAUGUAGGUCUCUGCUUGAGCAGCUUUCGCGGACACCGCCGGCUGGCGCAACAAAACGAGAGCAAGAUGCUGAUGAAGAUCUCAUCCUCAUGGCGAGCACCGCGUCCAAUCCCAACCAGCGAUACGCUGUGCGAAAGCGACGACAAGACUCGGCGCAGUCUAAUCCUGCCAGUGCAUUCGCGCAGGCGGAACUCGAAAAACUACAAAGCAAGCUUGCCGAGCAAGAUGCCCUCAUCUCCGAGAUGAAAUCCCGACUAGAUCUUGCUCUCCUACGCCACAAUUCACAUGAGAAGGAUGCGGCUGGAAGGCAAGAACGAUGGAUUCAAAGCGCUGCCCGCGUGGCCCAAGAAGUGCGUGAAACCAAAGAAGGCUUUGAAAAAUUGCAGGGCAGAUUCGAGGCACAAGAAGCCAUCAUUCUGCAGUUGAAAGUCAGAUCGGCCCUUGCGGCCAGCCGUCAACAGUCCUGGCUAGAAGACGACACUGCGAGGUCACAGAAAUGGACCCAGAGCACACUUCAAAUGACAGAACAACUUCAAGAGCUGAAAGACGGGUUUCAGAAGUUGCAGAGACUGAACGAGCUGUACGAGCAGGAACGUGUACAGACUCGUCAAGAGAUCGCGGAGUUGAAAGCCGCUGCUACACUUACCGCAAGGAUGGAACAGAACCCAACACGAGGGCUGCCGUCGAUAAUGGAAAAAGCGACGCCCGAGGACAGGAGGAAACCUCCGUUGAGAAGGGAACAAUCCCCUCUAUCAUCAGCAAUCAGACAAGAAACUGUUUCGCCCUCCAUCCUAUUGUAUCCCCUCUCCGAAGCGGACGUCAGCCAUGGUAAGACUAGCACAGAUGGCAGCAACACCCCGACCAUCACCAAGAUCUUCCAGACGGGUGCCAAACAGUGGCAGCAGCGGCCGCCCUCGGCCGACAGUCCAGACAGAUCAAGCCGGUCUAGAAGUACUCAUAGGAGGGCGCGGCUCAAUGUUCGCGUGAAACCGAGCCCGGUCACUCGUACAGUCCAGUCCAACUGA